UUAGCCUAGCAACGAAGAAAAUGCAAGAAAGAUCUUAAAUUAAAAUUUAUUUAAUAUGUGCCUUGCCUCCCAAGUAACAAGGUAAUCCUUAUAUGUCAUAUUUUCUUUGAGCUUCAUGUUCCAUCCAAUCAAGCAUUAGAAAUUUGUUUCUUUCUCAUUAAUAUGGAUAUCCAGCCUCACAUAUUUUUCUUCCCAUUUAUGGGACAUGGCCACACGAUUCCUAUCAUAGAAAUGGCCAACCAAUUUGCUUCUCGAGGUUGUAGAGCAACCAUAAUAUCCACCCCUGCAAACGCGCCUGAUGCCAUCAAAUCAAUUGAAACAAGACAAUUGGGAUUGGAGAUUGGAGUUGUUCUUAUCAAAUUUCCCUCCAAGGAGGUUGGAUUGCCUGAAGGAUGUGAGAACACCAACUCUCUAACUACAAAAGAUAUGAUACAGAAGUUCUAUGUCGCCGCCACCAUGCUUGAUCAACAACUCGAACAGCUCCUUUCUGAACAUCGUCCAACUUGCCUUGUUGCCAGUGCUUUCUUCCCAUGGGCUAAUCAAAUUGCAGCAAAAUAUGGUAUUCCCAGGAUUGUAUUCCAUGGAACAAGCUCUUUUGCUCUGUGUGCUUAUGCAAGUUUGUUUCGGGAACAACCUCACAAGAAGGUAUCGUCAGAUUCAGAACCAUUUAUCAUUCCUAAUUUACCAGACGAGAUCAAAAUUACCAGACAGCAACUUCAAGAUCACCUGAAGGAAGAAUCAGAGGUUACAGAUUUCGUUAGAAAAGUCAAAGAAUCAGAGCUUACUAGCUUUGGUGUCAUUGUGAAUAGCUACUACGAACUUGAAGCUGCUUAUGCUGAUCAUUACAGAAACUUCUUCGGAAUGAAAGCUUGGCAUGUCGGCCCAACUUUUCUAUGCAGCCAAGGCAAAGAAAACAAGGCACUGAGAGGAAAAGAAUCCUCCAUUAAUGAACACGAGUGCUUGAAGUGGCUUGAUGCUAAGAAACCCAAUUCGGUUGUCUAUGUAUGUUUUGGAAGUGUGGCGAAAUUCGACGAUGCUCAGCUAAAGGAGAUAGCGAUUGGUCUUGAGGCCUCUGGGAAGCAAUUCAUUUGGGUUGUAAAGAAAGAUAAGCAUGAAGAAGGGAAAGAAGAAGAUUGGCUGCCUGAAGGAUUUGAGAAGAGAAUGGAAGGAAAGGGACUGAUCAUAACGGGUUGGGCACCCCAAUUGCUGAUCCUUCAACAUGAAGCAGUGGGAGGAUUUGUGACCCAUUGUGGUUGGAAUUCGACUCUGGAAGGAGUAUGUGCAGGAUUGCCAAUGGUCACAUGGCCAGUUGCCGCCGAGCAGUUUUACAAUGAGAAGUUGGUGACUCAAAUACUUAGAAUUGGGGUUGGUGUUGGAGUUGAGAAAUGGGCUAGAUUGACAGGGGACAGUGUAAAGAGGGAAGCUAUAGUGAAGGCUGUGAAUAAAAUUAUGGAAAGUGAAGAAGCAGAGGAAAUGAGAAGCAGAGCCAAGGCACUUGGGGUAUUGGCAGGUGAGGCAGUCAAGGAAGGUGGAUCUUCUUAUACUGAUUUGAGUGCCUUAAUUGAAGAAUUGAAACUCCAGCGUGCUGGGUCUGGUUCAAACAGGAAAGACCAACUACCAUGAGUAUGCUUUUCCAGUUUCUUGGAAACAAAUUUUCAGACACCGUACACACAAUUAGCUAUAUGUAUUCGAUAAAGUGUCUUGUAUGUAAUGUUGUACUAAAUAUCUUGAUUUUCAUGCAUAUGAAAAAGGUUUUGACUUUGUCAACGACUCUGGUUGUUUGGUACGUUUUACAAAUUGAAUUCAUUGGAGUAUUUCCAUUGGGAAUGUAAAAUACAAUCUAUAUGGCACAACAAUUGGAAGAACUUGUUGUCUAUGCAGUAUGGAUAUCUUUUUAAUAGCCUGUUAAUUUAAAAAUAAGUCUUCAACGCUUC